CAAUUAACUCCCUUCCGCUUCCUCCUCCUCCGUCUCCGACUCCUCCUCGUCUGUCCUCUCCCCUUCGGCCCUUCCUUCCUCUUUCACUCCUCCGCCUGUCCCCUGUCCCUUGCUCUCUGCUCCGUUCCUUGAUCCAGAUUCCGGAGCGGUGACGGCACCCAGCCCGAUCGUCCGUCUCCGUCGAUCCCCCGAAGCCCUAGGAGGAACCCUGCUCCGCGUCGAAUUCGGUCGCGGGCUGAUUUGAUCCCGAGAAUUCGCGGGGGGACGCCGGCGCCGGCGGCGGGGAAUCGGAUGGUGUAGGAGGGAGAGGGGAAGGAGGAAAGGUCCCGGAUUUCUGGGGCGCGCAGGCGGGCGGCCAUGCAUCUGUCGCUGUGGAAGCCGCUCUCCCACUGCGCCGCGCUGCUCCUGGACAAGAAGAACCGCCCGCCGCGGCCGCCGCCGGCGGGCGCGGGGUCCGGCGGCGGGCGGCGGCUGCAGGAGAGCAAGCUGCGGGAGGCGCUGGAGGAGGCGUCCGAGGACGGGUCCCUCGCCAAGUCCCGCGACGCGGCGCUCCUCGAUGGCGGGGACGGCGCGGAGGAGGGGUCCGUGGGGCGGUCCCGGUCGCUGGCGCGGCUCCACGCGCAGCGGGACUUCCUGCGCGCGACGGCGAUGGCCGCAGAGCGCGCGUUCCAGUCGCCGGACGCGCUCCCGGUGCUGGAGGAGGCGCUCGCCAAGUUCCUCGCCAUGUACCCCAACUACUCGUCCGCCUCGGACGUGGACCGCCUCCGCGCCGACGAGUACCCGCACCUGGACAAGGUAUGCCUGGACUACUGCGGCUUCGGCCUCUUCUCCUACCUCCAAAGCUGCAACCCUGCCGACUCGUCGGCUGCGUUCACGCUCUCGGAGAUCACCGCCAACCUCAGCAACCAUGCGCUCUACGGCGCCGCCGAGAAGGGCACCGCGGAGCACGACAUCAAGAACCGCAUCAUGGAUUACCUCAACAUCCCCGAGUCCGAGUACUGCCUCGUCUUCACGGUCAGCCGCGGCUCGGCCUUCCGGUUGCUCGCUGAGUGCUACCCCUUCGGCACCAACAAGCGCCUGCUCACCAUGUUCGACCACGAGUCCCAGUCCGUGAAUUGGAUGACGCAGGCCGCGCGUGACAAGGGAGCCAAGGCGUACUCCGCCUGGUUUAAGUGGCCCACUCUCAAGAUCUGCACCACCGAGCUCCGGAAGCUGAUCUCCACCAAGAAGCGGCGGCGCAAGGACUCCGCCACUGGUCUCUUCGUGUUCCCUGUGCAGUCAAGGGUGACGGGGGCAAAGUAUUCCUACCAAUGGAUGGCAUUGGCUCAACAAAAUCACUGGCAUGUCCUGCUCGAUGCUGGGGCUCUGGGUCCGAAGGACAUGGACUCGCUGGGGCUGUCGCUGUUCCGCCCAGACUUCAUCAUCACCUCAUUUUACAGAGUGUUUGGGGCUGACCCAACUGGUUUUGGAUGCUUGCUGAUCAAGAAGUCGGUAAUGGCGUGCUUACAGAGCCCAAGUGGCGGGACGGGGGCAGGGAUGGUGCGGAUUGUGCCAGUCUUCCCACAGUAUCUCAGUGAUUCAGUUGAUGGGUUUGAUGGUGUCCUGGAUGGGCUGGAGGAUGAUAAUAUCAUUCCAGUUGAGGAGGGGUCAGCAUCGAACAGCCACCAUGCAUCCCAAUUGCCUGCAUUCUCGGGCGCAUAUUCAUCAGCGCAGGUGAGGGAGGUUAUUGAGAGCGAAAUGGACCAGGACAGUUCAGAUAGGGAUGGUGCCAGCACAAUAUAUGAAGAGAGUGAGAGUGUUUCUGUUGGAGAGGUGAUGAAGAGCCCUGUGUUCAGUGAGGAUGAGUCAUCCGACAACUCCUUCUGGGUUGAUUUGGGACAGAGUCCACUUGGUUCAGACCAUUCAGAGCAAUCAAGCAAGGGGAAAUUGGGAUCUCCAUUGCCAGCGUCCUGGUUUUCUGGUAGGAAGAAUGCUAAGAAGGCGUCGCCAAAGGUGCCAUCCAAACUGUCAAGAAGCCCUAUUGAUGACAACAAUGUUAUGUCAUUUGAUGCAGCCGUGAGGUCGGUAUCACAAGAGCCAGGGCCUGUGAAAAUGGUUCCAGAUGAAGAUCAUUCACAUAAUGACAUGAAGAAUAUCCCUAUUAGUGAGAUUGAAGAAGAUAAUAAAGAUGGUAAAGUAAAUAAGAGGUUUGUAAAGUUUUCUUGUGCCAAUGGCCCUGCUGAAGGCAGUGCAACCUCUGUUUUUGGGAGCUGUACUGCCCGUGAGAAUGGUUCCACAUCUGAGAUUUGCUCAGAAAGUCAAGCGGAAAACAAAGAGAGUGCUAUCAGAAGGGAAAAUGAAGGUGACUUCCGUCUACUGGGAAGGAGGGAAGCAUACAACGGCAGAUACAAUGGUGGAAGAUUCUUUGGAGUAGAAGAAUCGGAACGAGUGUCAAGUAUGGGGCGCAAGGUAUCAUUCACCAUGGAUGAUAGCAGGCUCUAUCGCAAUUCAGAUGCUGGGGAAACAUCUGGGUAUGCAAUGGCAGAUGACGAGGACGACGAUGCAUACAGUGACUACGAUGAGGCUCAGGAUGGCAGGAGAGAGCCCGAAAUUAUCUGCAAACAUCUUGAUCAUGUGAAUAUGCUUGGACUUAGCAAGACAACACUUAGAUUGCGAUACCUGAUCAAUUGGUUGGUGACCUCAUUACUGCAGCUCCGGUUGCCUGAUUCAGGGGAUGGCGAGGGGGUACCCCUUGUUUAUAUAUAUGGUCCAAAGAUCAAAUAUGAUCGUGGAGCAGCAGUUGCAUUCAAUAUAAAGGAUUGCAACACUGGAACCUCCCUGGUCAAUCCUGAAACUGUACAAAAACUGGCAGAAAAAGAAGGCCUCUCCUUGGGCGUUGGGUUUCUAAGUCAUAUACGCCUCACAGACAACCAGAAACAUGGUGCUGUUGAUGUGGGGCUAAGUUCUUCCUCUCCAGCAGCAAAUGGCCGUCGUGAAAAGAAAAAUAGCAAAAAUGCUAUUAUUGGGACCGAAGUUGUCACUGCUUCUCUUGGGUUCCUUACAAAUUUUGAGGAUGUCUACAGGUUGUGGGCAUUUGUUGCAAAAUUUCUUGAUUCAUCAUUUCUUGAGCAAGAGAGGCUAUCAUCUAUUCCUGAGGAUGCAGAAAGAUAGUAUUAGAUGAUUCCAGUUUAUGGCUAUCGCAGCUACUUCAUAAUAGAGGAGGGCUGCGCCAGUGUAAUUGAAAUUGAAAGGAGGAUAGAAGAAGAGAUGUCAAGGUGCUUCUGCGUAUUGUUUUUUUGUAUCUAAAUGUCUCAGCAUGGCAUCAAGGGGCAAUACAUGGUGGUGCGGCUGUUAUAUUUCUUCAUUCUUGUUUUCCCCCUUUUCUAGGCAUGUGACAUUUUUGUUUGUAGAUUUUGUUGGAGAUCUAUAUGUACCACCUAAUUAUUUUGAGUUGAGGAGCAUCCUUUCCAUGUACUUGCUUGUAAAUUGGCUCCAUUGGCCAUGAAAUAGACUCGCUCGCUUGUAUGAUUCUUGCAACAUGAAUAGCAUGGUGAUAGGUGAUUCUACCCUGUUCA